CGAAGCAAAAGAGAUUGAAGUCAUGCUUUGUACGCUGAUGCUCGUUGCUCUUGGCAGCUUUGGACUAGCAGAAUGUUCUGUGCAGAAUCCGACUCUUACUCCUUGUUCAGACGGUGAUAAAAUCACCAUCAGCGACGUUGCUAUUCAGGACGCACAAAUUGGGAAAACAAUGCGCGCUAACUUCACGCUCAUCAUCAGAGAGUCUUUGGAGUCGGAUCCAACGCUGAAGCUCACCAUAACGACCGCAGAGGGCAACGAAGUUGGUUGCUAUGGUUCCGUCGGAUCAUGCCCUUACAAGAUGUGCGGUGGAACAUCGACGGUGGAACAGUUAUUGGGACAGGAGUGGGACAACACUUGCCCAGUUCCAAAGAUGACGUCACGGAUAAGCGUCGACUUGCCCUUGCCGAAUUUCGUUGAAUCACUCAUCGGAACGGCCCCAACGACAAUCAACUUUGAACUUGACGUUAUUGACAGAGGUUCAUCAGUGGGUUGCGAGUCAUUUGAUGUUGACAUAAAAGCCGAAGACGAAGACAACGAGUGAUGAAAGCUUCGUAUAUUCGUCAAGUGGACAUGUAUUGAUUUGAAUGUA